AUGUCAAGAGAUACUCGAUCGCGGUCGCCGCCAAGACGACCAUCUCAUAGAGAUCGGUACAAUUAUAAAAGUUCGAAACAUUACGAUCGCUACGAUGACCGUCGAAGAUCCAAUUACGGUCACCAAAGUAGAUCGGAGUAUCAUGGAUCCCACAGUUCACGUAGGAAUCAUAGAGAGGAUAAUUGGAAACAUGAUCGGUAUAGGUACGAUGAUACGAAUGAAAGAAGAAAUGCAAUUUUCCCAGCUAAUAGGGGCUCCCGUUCACCACGAUACAAUGCUCCUCCGAUUUCUGAAGAUUCCUCUCGUGGACGAAACUACGCAAGUGUUCCUGAAAGAACUCCUGAGGAAAGCAAAAAAGAGGAGCAGCCUGUAAGAAGAUCUCGGUUCGACCAGCCAGCCAAAACAGAACGCCCGCCGCCUCCUCCUUCAACAAGCUUAAAUAAUACAUCUGAACGUAUAGCUGUUAUUGAAAAAAAACCGCAUGAAUCUGAAGAAACAAAAGAUAAAUCUGGAUUUGCUUCGUCAAAUCCCCCUCUUGAUCCCAAAAUCCAAGCACGCUUAGAAAAAGUACGUGCAUGGAAGGAAUCGAAAGCUGCACAAUCAGCAAGUAAGAUAGAUUCAUCUAGUGUGACCAAGCCUACUAAAAAUUUAAUGCAUGAUGAUAAGAACGCUAUGCCUUCUAAAGGAAUCUCGGGGUUUGAAUUAGGGCGUUCAAACGACAACAACAAAGAAGCGAAAAAAAUGAAUCGCGUUCGUAUGGAUGAUGAAGAUGCUCCUAGACAAUUGAAUUUACGGGAUUACGAAGACCUCUGGGACAAAGAAGAUCGUGAAGGCGUUCAGGCUAACUCAAACCCGAAUGCCAUGGAUGAAGAUGAGGUCGACCCUUUAGACGCUUAUAUGGAAUCGCUCGUCGGUACCGUUGACACUGUUCGACCAGGUUUAUUGAACACUGAGGUCAUUGACUCUCAUGCGAAUGAAGAGGACCGUAUAACUCAAUCGGAAACUUUGGAAGAAGAAGAAAACUUACUCGCUCUUGCUGCUAAACGAUCAAAGAAAAAAGAUGUGAUAUCCGUAGACCAUUCUAAAAUGAGUUAUGAAGAUUUCCGAAAAGAUUUCUAUGUUGAGCCUGAAGAACUUAAACACCUUACUCCCGGAGAAGUCGACGAAUUCCGUGCUUCCUUGGAAGGCAUCAAAGUGCGUGGUGUAGAUUGUCCUAAGCCUGUCACUAGUUGGAGUCAGUGUGGAUUGUCUUCUCAAACUAUGGAAGUAAUUCGAGGUCUUGGUUAUGGAAAUCCAACGUCAAUUCAGUCUCAGGCCAUUCCCGCUAUCUCAUCCGGAAGAGAUGUUAUUGGCGUAGCUAAGACGGGUAGUGGUAAAACCAUUGCAUUUCUCCUUCCAAUGUUCCGACACAUUCGGGAUCAGAGGCCUUUAAGAAAUGGUGAAGGCCCUAUUGCCAUUAUCAUGACUCCAACGCGCGAAUUGGCUGUCCAAAUUCAUCGAGAGUGUAAGCCUUUUGCAAAAGCUUUAAAUUUAAAAGCCGUCUGUGCAUAUGGAGGUGCACCCAUUAAGGACCAAAUUGCAGAAUUGAAGCGGGGAGCUGAAAUUGUUGUGUGCACGCCUGGAAGAAUGAUUGAUGUUUUGAGCGCCAACCAGGGACGAGUGACUAAUUUACAUCGCUGUACUUAUUUGGUUUUGGACGAAGCUGACCGCAUGUUUGAUUUGGGAUUUGAACCACAGGUAAUGCGGAUUAUAAAUAAUGUUCGUCCUAGCCGACAGACGGUUUUGUUUUCUGCUACUUUUCCAAGAGCCAUGGAAGCUUUAGCUAGAAAGGUGUUAAAGAAGCCAAUAGAAAUUACAGUUGGAGGAAGAUCCGUCGUUGCCUCUGAGGUUGAACAGAUAGUUGAAAUUCGCUCUGAAGGAUCAAAGUUUAUGCGCCUUUUGGAACUUCUUGGUGAACUAUAUAAUACAAAGGCUGAUGUACGAACUUUGGUGUUUGUUGAUAGACAAGAAGCUGCCGAUACUUUGUUCUCAGACCUGAUGAAGCGUGGCUAUAGUAGCAGCUCAAUUCAUGGAGGUAAAGAUCAAAAUGACCGUGAUUCUACGAUUAGUGAUUACAAAGCGGGUGUUUUUGAUGUUUUAAUAGCCACCAGUGUAGCUGCUCGUGGAUUAGACGUGAAAUCAUUACAACUUGUUGUGAAUUAUGAUUGUCCUAAUCAUAUGGAGGAUUAUGUACAUCGGGUUGGCAGGACAGGCCGUGCUGGUCAUACCGGUGUUGCUGUAACAUUUAUAACUCCGGACCAAGAUAAAUACGCUGUUGAUGUAGCAAAAGCGCUGACUUUAAGUAAGCAGCAUGUUCCAAAUGAGUUACGGAAACUGGCAGACCAAUUCCUGGAUAAAGUCAAAGCUGGUAAAGAAAAGGCUGCUGGUGGUGGUUAUGGAGGUAAAGGUCUGUCCCGCUUAGAUGAAACAAGAAACGCUGAGCGUAAAAUGCAACGAAAAGCCUAUGGUGAAGAUUAUGAAGAAGAAGAACAACAACAAGUUGAAGAGAACCAAGCUCCUUUGGAGAAUUUACCCGCUGAAAAGUCUACUGGUGAUUUUACACUUGACAGAGUUCGAGCAGCAAUUGGUGGUAUCACAGCUCGAGCAUUGAGUGGUCAAAGUGCGCAAGCGAACAAGUUGUCACAACCCAUCUCCAUCAUCAAAAGUGAUACCGAUGAAUUUAAAGCAAAGGUAGAAAUCAACGACUAUCCUCAACAAGCAAGAUGGGCUGUUACGAAUAACGCUAAUCUUGUGCAUGUAACAGAAUUGACUGGUACGAGUAUAACAACGAGGGGUAACUUUUAUCUUCCAGGAAAGAACCCAGAGCCUGGCGAGGAGAAACUAUAUCUUUGGAUUGAAGGGCCAUCUGAAUUGGUUGUUAGUCAAGCUGUCGCUGAGCUUAAACGCUUACUUUUGGAGGCGCUAGAACACAGCCUUGAAGGAUCAAGUAGGGCAGCUCCUACCGGGCGUUAUAAGGUUGUGUAA